GUUACAAUGUAACACUCAGCACUGCUGCUGCGUCUGUGGCUCCUACAAUGUAACAGCUCCGUGAACAGAGACACAGCUUAAGAAUUGACCGGGCCCAAUGUGUCGACCUCCAGAGUGGGAAAUGUGUUUUUAUUCUCCUGCGAGAUCCCUUCCACUGCCCUAGAAGUCCCGUUGACUGGACUGUAAAGUGUCUUCGUCCUCUGGCUGUACAGGACUGGGCUUGUGUGGAUUAUUGGAAGCGGAGGCCCCGUUGAGUUGGAUGUGUGUGCUGGGCUGGAGUGGGUCAGUCAGUAUGAGGCUUCCGCUGCCGCUGCCUCUCUGAGCGGGCUCUCUGCUCCCUGCCUUGGGACUCUUACGAAAUAACAUUUACUUAUAAAACUGGAAACCCCUGGAGCAGUUUAUGACGACUCUGGUUGGACCGUAAUGACCGCACGCUUCCGGUUGCCUGCAGGCAGAUCCUACAAUGUCCGGGCGACGGAGCUGGCACGCGACAGGCAGCGCACCGAGGUGGUCUGCAACAUUCUUCUUUUGGACAACACUAUCCAGCCUUUUAAAGUCAAUAAGCACGAUCAAGGACAGAUCCUACUGGACGCUGUCUUCAAGCACCUGGAGCUGACCGAGAGAGACUAUUUUGGGUUGCACCUGGCUGACGACGACUCUGAUAGCCCGAGGUGGCUGGAUCCAAAUAAACCCAUAAGAAAGCAAUUAAAAAGGGGCUCUCCACAUCAUCUGAACUUCCGGGUGAAAUUUUUUGUGAGUGACCCCAACAAACUUCAGGAAGAAUACACAAGGUACCAGUAUUUUCUACAGAUUAAGCAGGAUAUACUCAGUGGAAGACUGCCUUGUCCGCACAACACUGCCGCACUCCUGGCAUCGUACGCUGUUCAGUCUGAGCUGGGUGAUUACAGUGAGGCUGAGAAUUUGCCAGGAAACCUGUUUGAGUUCUGCUUCAUCCCAAACCAGCCUCAGGGCUUUGAAAAAGAGGUCACCAAACAUCACCAGCAACACAGUGGACUUACCCCAGCACAGUCCGAAUUCAAUUACCUGGACACGGCACGUACGUUGGAACUUUAUGGAGUGGAACUGCACUAUGCAAGGGAUCAAAGCAACACAGAGAUUUUCAUAGGCGUGAUGUCAGCUGGCAUUGGCAUUUACAAGAACAGGGUACGAAUCAACUACUUUCCAUGGUUGAAGAUUGUAAAACUAUCUUUUAAAUGCAAACAGUUUUUCAUCCAGCUGAGUAAAGAGGGGCAUGAGACAAGAGAUACAUUGGUCGGCUUCAACAUGGUGAACUACAGGGCCUGUAAGAACCUCUGGAAGGCCUGUGUUGAACACCACACCUUCUUUCGGCUGGAUCAGCCCGUUCCUCUGCAGAAGAACUUCUUUGCACAUUACUUCAGUUUGGGCUCCAGGUUCCGAUACUGUGGGAGGACAGAAGCACAAUCUGUUCAGUAUGGCAAGGAAAAGGCAAUCAAGGACAGAGUGUUUGCAAGAUCUCCCAGCAAACCCCUGGGCAGAAAGUUGAUGGGUACGACAGACUGGGAAUCGGUGAGCAGGAACUCACUGUCUGAAGAGAGGCUGGAGACCCGUAGCUUGCCCACCCGCUCGCCCCCUGGAACACCCAACCAUAGGAACUCCUUAUUUGUGCAAGAAGGUCCUCGGCUACGGCCCUCUUCCAUGGGUCACCUGGUGGACCAUGUCAUCCAAGCCUCCCCCAGCCUUCCUAUUUUCUCUAAUCACAAAUCAGCUUCCUCUACACAAGCAAACAGCAUCAGCCUGGAGUCUACACCGUCUCCGGAAGGAGUUGAAGGUCCGCCCCCUGCCCUCCCACCCAAACAGUCCAGGAAGAAUCUGAGCCAGCUUAUACUGUCCCACUCCCAACAGGACUUGGACAACCACAUCAAUCAAAUGUACACUAUCCCCAUAGCAACAGACAAGGCGAAGCCCAACGGAGUAAUUCCACAUGACAAUCUUGUCCUGAUCCAGAUGAAACCGGAUGAGAAUGGGAGAUUUGGGUUUAAUGUGAAGGGCGGCUCUGAUCAGAAGAUGCCCAUUAUCGUGUCUCGAGUAGCGCCUGGAACAUCAGCUGAUUUGUGUGUGCCUCGACUGAAUGAAGGCGAUCAGGUUGUGCUGAUCAAUGGUCGAGAUAUUGCAGAACACACGCAUGAUCAGGUGGUCAUGUUCAUCAAGGCCAGCUGUGAGAGCCACCUGGGGGAGCUCAUCCUGUUGGUGCGACCCAAUGCUAUCUACGAUGUAGUUGAGGAGAAAUCGGAGACAGAGCCGGAUUUUCAGUACAUCCCAGAGAAAUCUCCCACAGACCCAUCACAGCUGGACCAGGACGCCUGGAGGGACUCAAUGCUGCAGUUAAAGGAGGGCCUCAACAGUGCUACAAUGCUGGCCCAGUUUGAUCAACUGUAUCGGAAAAGGCCUGGAAUGACAAUGUCAUGUGCCAAAUUACCUCAGAAUCUUUCCAAAAACCGCUACAGAGACAUCUCACCUUAUGAUGCCACUAGGGUCCUCUUGAAAGGCACAGAUGACUACAUCAAUGCAAAUUACAUUAAUAUGGAAAUUCCUGCCUCCAGACUCAUAAACCGCUAUAUCGCCUGCCAGGGGCCGCUGCCCAACACGUGCCCGGAUUUCUGGCAGAUGACGUGGGAGCAGGGCUCCUCUUUGGUAGUCAUGCUUACUACUCAGGUCGAGAGAGGACGUGUGAAGUGCCAUCAGUACUGGCCGAACCCCUCAGGUAGCGCCACAUACAGCGGCUUUCAGGUUUCCUGCCAGACUGAGGAAGGAAACUCUGCUUUCUUGGUUAGGGAUAUGACUCUGACUCACAUUGAGAGUGGGGAAAGCAGGGAGUUGACCCAAAUCCAGUACCUGGCGUGGCCUGAUCAUGGUGUACCGGAUGACUCAACGGACUUCUUGGAUUUCGUGGCUCUGGUCCGAAGUAAACGAGCUGGGAAGGAUGAACCUGUUGUGGUCCAUUGCAGCGCUGGGAUUGGCCGGACGGGAGUUCUCAUCACCAUGGAGACGGCAAUGUGUCUGAUGGAGUGCGGCCAGCCGGUGUAUCCAUUAGAAAUUGUGAGAACUAUGCGGGAUCAGAGGGCCAUGAUGAUUCAGACUCCUAGCCAGUUCAAGUUUGUGUGUGAGGCCAUACUGAAGGUUAAUGAGGAGGGCCUGGUGAAACCACUCAAGCCCACGCUGUACGAAUCCAACUAACGAAAUGCCAGCUUUUCCCGAAAAUGAUACUGAAAUUCACUCACAGGAUCUUCUUCACAUGAUGACAUCACAGCUCUGUGAUGGAGUAGUAUCCCGAGCCAGGAACACAGGUCAUAAACCAAGCACUGCUGCACUUUACAAUGGCAAAGUGACUAUAUGCCAGGCUUCAAUGAGGAGAGAAACAACAACAAAAAAUCUAAUAAGGUGAAUGAGGUACUUGUAGGAACUUUGAGUGUUCAGGGUUUUAACAGAUAUAUAUGUUAAUAAUGAAUAUAGUGGAGAUUGCUGGUGCCAUAUGUGUUUAAGGGCAGGCCCGUGAAUGAAUGACUGUUUUUAUAUGUGGUCACCUAUUAUUUUGAGACAAACAACACCUACAAAACAAUUUACAUCCAGGCCUGUGCUCCAGAUGAACAUUUGUAUUUUAUUAGAAAUAUUCUAUUAAUUUCAAUAUUGAGCCCUGCAUAAGAAACUACUUACAAAAAAAAAUAAAAUAAUGGUUUUCUUAAGACAAUGAUAAUUUUUCCUGUUUGUUUGUUCUCCCUUUUUGGGGCAGAUUGAAAAUUAGUUUUAUUUAUUUUUCCUGUCAAACUGAAAUGCUGUCAACAAGGACUUUAAAGCACUUUGCAUUACAGCUGUGAUGCAAAAUAUCAGAUUGGUCUCUCAAGCAGAAGUUAAAGGAAUACAAGAAUGAAAAUAUUGUGAUUAUUUACUCACCCUUGUGUCUUUCCGAACCCAUAUGAUGCUCUUGGAGAUGGAGUGCAAAAAAUGUUAAGAAAAAUGUUUGUGCUGCUCUUUUCCAUACAGUGAAAGCCUAAAAGAUCAUAUUCACUAUAUUCCAAAUCGUCUGAAGCCAAACAAUUGCUUUGUGUGAGGAAAAGACUGAAAUUUAACUUUAAUUACUAAAAAUAUUCCACCCAGAUAUUAGUUCAUCAGCUUGACACAAUCAGUUAUGAACCAGUAUGUUUGUAGAAUAAUAAAUUCAGGGCCACCAACCCACAGAAAUUAACAUAUAGAACAAUCAAAUUAUA